AUGCCGCUGACCAUGACUCAGCGCCGGGCGGUACAGACCGCGCUGCUCGUGGCCUUUACCGGCGCCCUUGCCCUCCGGCUCCGCUCGGCCGCCGCCGCCGCCGCCAAGGCCGCCUCCACCGCCGAUCUCGAUGCCCUCGCCGCCCGCCGCGCGACUGCCCUCGCCACUCUCGAUACUCGUCAUGGCGACAAGCCCAGCUGA